AUGGGGAGUGGCGCCCAGUCGAAGCUCGCGGAUGCCAGCGCGGCGGACCUGGCAGGGGCUUACGGGGAGCUCCCAAGCGAAGCGAAGACCAAGCUGCAGGAGGCCCUGCAACUCCUGCAGGCCCCCUGCCUCGCAUGUCGUUCGGCCUCGGGCGAGAUCGUGAAGCUGCCUGUGACCAAGGACUCUACGUACAAGGACUUGGCGGCCGCUUUGCGAGAGAAGCUGCCGGAAACCAAGACGCAGGUCAUCCAGUUCUUUGUCUCCACAGACACCAGCAUGGAUGAGUACAAGACCUUGGGCGACCAGGGUUUUGACGAUGCGGGCCUUGCGAGUGCGGAAUUCAGCUACACCGCGUCGGAGCUCUCCUACGGGGAGAAGAUCAGCCAAGAGGAGGCUACGCCACUCUUGGACGAGGCCACGAACAGCGUGGCAUCUUUGCCGGUGCACGCAGCGGAAAUCAAGGAGCUGAUCAACCUGAAGACGCCACCCCAGUGCAUCCGCCUGGCCAUGGAGGGCGUCGCUUGUCUCCUGGAGAAGCCCCGAAAGAGCUGGGAGGAUCUGACGAAGAUGCUGGACGAGGAGGACUUCAUGACGAGCAUGCAGUCUUUCCUGACGAAAGAGGUGCCUCUUGAAGCGCUGGUGGAGCUCCAGUGGUACAUGAAACAUCCUGAUUUGCAGAAGGACGAGCUGGAGAGAGUGUCCCGAUGUGCCGCAAGCCUGCAGUCCAUGGUGAACAUCGCGUGCAGCAUGACGCUGAUCAAGAAGCGCGCUGCCGCGCCCGCUGCGGCGGCGCCAUUAGAGAGAAGGUCCCUUUUAGAGGCCUGA